CACCUUUUGUCCCCUAGUGUGGAGGGAGGGAGAAGGGAAGAGGAGAGGGAGAAGAGGAGGGAGAAGAGGAGGGAGAAGAGGAGGGAGAAGAGGAGGGAGAAGAGGAGGGAGAAGAGGAGGGAGAAGAGGAGGGAGAAGAGGAGGGAGAAGAGGAGGGAGAAGAGGAGGGAGAAGAGGAGGGAGAAGAGGAGGGAGAAGAGGAGGGAGAAGAGGAGGGAGAAGAGGAGGGAGAAGAGGAGGGAGAAGAGGAGGGAGAAGAGGAGGGAGAAGAGGAGGGAGAAGAGGAGGGAGAAGAGGAGGGAGAAGAGGAGGGAGAAGAGGAGGGAGAAGAGGAGGGAGAAGAGGAGGGAGAAGAGGAGGGAGAAGAGGAGGGAAGAGGUAGGGGCAUAGAAGAAAAAGGACGAAGGGAU